UGUGCUUUCUGAGUGAGUAGGAUGUGGACGGCUGUCAAAAUUUGUGAAGAAAAUUAGUUUUAUGUCAUUUGGAUUACGCUAACUCUGUUGACAAUUAUUAUUGUUUCACCAUUGAAUUCUUUUUAUAAAUUAACUUAAAUACUAAAUAUGACGUCUGGAAAGGAUGCAAUGGGUGAACAGCCAAUCUUCACUUGUAAAGCCCAUGUUUUCCACAUUGAUCCAAAAACGAAGAGAUCAUGGAUUCCAGCCUCUGCGACGGCAGUAAAUGUUUCAUUUUUCUACGACUCGACAAGAAGCCUAUACCGCAUCAUCAGCGUUGAAGGGACAAAGGCUGUUAUCAACAGCACCAUAACCCCCAGCAUGACCUUCACAAAAACCUCCCAGAAGUUUGGCCAGUGGUCAGACAUCAGGGCCAACACUGUUUACGGCCUUGGGUUUUCUUCCGAAGCUGAGUUGAACAAGUUCAUAGAGAAGUUCCAAGAAGUGAAAGAGGCCACAAGGCUGGCUACCGCCAAGGCUACUAGUAAUGGUACCAGCGGCACCACGCCUGUCACAUCAGCCAACGCGAGUCCCAUCACGGCACGUGCCGCUAUGCCUGAUCCGGCACCGCUACUGGACCCACCUCCACACAACAACACAUGUACCAGCCCAGCACCUACACACAUGGACAAUGAGGGUCAUCAGCGAACUCAGAGCAUUUCCGGACUCCAGCCAGGAGAAAGCCCGAAACAUCAGCCAACAGAGAAUGUUAAGCCCACUCCAGUGAUGGCGGCUGCACCUGCCACUGCAUCAGGCGAGACUCAACUCAAGUAUGAGAACGACAGACUUAAACUGGCCCUAGCACACAGCUCAGCGAAUGCCAAGAAGUGGGAGAUAGAGCUGGCCACACUCAAGAGCAACAACAUGCGACUGACGAGCGCACUGCAGGAGAGCACAGCUAACGUGGACGAGUGGAAGAGGCAGCUGCACUCAUACAAGGAGGAGAACCAGCGACUCAAGUCUAAAUAUAUUGAACUGGAGGCUGCCAAAGGUGGCAGUGAAGCAGCUGUGGAGUUGCGGAAGGAGUUGGCAACAUUGAGACUGAGAGUGGAGCAGCUCGAGGUGGAGUUGAAGAACAAAGAUGAAGAGCUCAAGAGGAUCAGCAUAAAACAACCACAUGAGGAGCGUUGUAAGAUUCUGCAGCAAGAGAACGCCGAGUUGCAAGCUGGUGUGUCACUUGCCCAGGCACAACUGGAGACUGCGUUGGAGGCGCACGAGUCACAGCGCCGGGUCAUGGAGACGCUCAACUCUCAGUUUGCUCUGCGGAUACAAGAGCUCGCCACAAUUCACAGAGAGAUCUCCACCGCGUUGCAAUCAUGAGGCUCAGACAGUGCUUACUGGUUCUAGGACUCCCCACUUUGCACUUGUGUCCCUCAUAGUUUUAGGUAAAGCGGUCGUCCGGCCGUCUAUUUUGGUUUUGUCAGUGUUUUCACAGUGAAGAUUUUUCUAGGACAUUUUUUUGCAUUUUGUUGAAUGUAACUGUAACAUUGGUUGGGUUUUUAGGAUUUUUUGUGUAGGAAUUUUCAAGGCAAAGUAGAUUAUUUUUUUUAGAUUGUCAGGAGUAUAAUUUAUGACCAUUUACUUUUGAUACUGCAAGAAAACUUCUCAUCUUAUUGCGAAAUCCAAAGAAAACGCACCUUUUUAAGUGUUUUAAGUAGGGUUCUAAAGAGAAAAUGUUAAUUUAUAAUACUUGUUAAAAAUCUUCAAGUGCAAACACUGGCAUCCUUAUUGACAGUAAGAGAAUUUAGUUUAGGUAAUGUAAUAUCAAUUAUUCUUAAGUUUUUGUAUAUUAUUAUUUUUACACUUGUAAUUUUUUUAUGAGUCUCGAUUAUUUAUUAGAUCUAUUUUAGAUUUUAGAAAUGUUUUGACGUAGUAUAAUUUGUAGGGAGUAAAUAGUAAUGAAAAGUUGAACAGUCAAUCUCAUUUAUUCAUACUCUUUAGACUUCUUCUUUGUAUGGACUUGAACUAUCUUAUUCUUUCCC